AUGGCCAAAUCAAAUGAGACAACAAACACGAAAGAGAGAUACUUUUCAUCGAAAAUGGGUAGACGUGGUUUUUCUGCAGGUUCCCGACAAACUUCUAUUUCUGUGCAGAAAAAUCAAAAAAAGGUGAGAACACCUGUUCUUGAUAAAUGUGUUUUCAGUAAACAAAAGAAUGCGGAAAUUCAAUUACGGCAGGCCGGUACUCCUCGGAGCGGCUGCUCAUCCUCCGUAACGGCGUUAGAAGAAACCAUUGCAGAUGUCAUGGGUGUCAGAAUGCAGUCGUUAACUGACUUGGGAACCCGAAUAGAGGAACUGUCGUCUAUACAUCGACAGGAGGAGGUGGCUUUCCGACAGCAGAUGGAUGAUGUUCUUCAACAAUUAGAGACGGCGCGAGUCAAUCAAUUGGGUACGGUGCAAGACUACGAGGCGCUUUUAAAAAAGGAGCGUCAAGAGCGUCAAACCGUAAUUUCAUUGAUGCAACGCUUUAAAACUGAAGGCGCCGAAGUAAUUAAUACAAUGAAGGAAUCAUUAGAAGCGGCUAGAACCAAAUGGAAAGCAGAGGUGGAGCUAAAUGCACAAUUAACUGCCCAGUUAAGACAGUACCAGAUGAAUAUCAUGCCAUCGGGGGCCAUGAAGACGGAUGGUGCCGGCAAUUUGAAACCAGGGUCUAAUGAAAAUGCGCUUUAUACCAAGGUCGAGAUUUUAACACGACUUCUUGAAGAAGAGGACGCAAUUAUAGUUGAGUUACAGGAACGCAAUAAGGCCCUUGAGAAGAAGGUCUCUGUUCUUACUCAGCAGCGUAACCGGCUUCUGGAUCUUGAGGCUCAGCAUCUAGAAACGGAGGAAUUUAACACUGAGUACAGUAAUUUACUAAGUGCGGUUCGUGGUUUUGACACUGCUGAAGAAAAAACCACACUUGAGGGAAGAGUUUGUGUCUUAACACGCUUUACGAAGAUGCUUUUACAGCGUUUGCAAUCAGAACAGAGACAACGACUUCGUGUUGAAGAACAAGCAGUUCGAAUGGCCUCGGAACAUGAUCAAAUAGUACGGGCUUUAGAAGCUCGUAUUAAAAGCCUGGAGAUACAAAAGAGUGGUGGCAUACCUUCAUAUCGACAAAACGUUUUGCACACUGAAAAUGAGAAAUCACGCAAAAACGUAUUGACUGAGGGAACAAGCGAAGUCCCACCAAAGAGUGACGGGGCAUAUCCAAAAAGAGACCAAUCAGUUGAUCAGGAGGCAAUAACCUCUUGUGGGGGAGUUGAUGACUUUAGGUUGCUUCUUCUUAAUUCAUCUAAAAUGAGCGCUGCCAAACCACAGUCUGAAGAAACGGUACCGAAUGUCUCUACUGGCGAUGCUGAGCGUGCAACAUUGGAAGCUCAAUUGGCGGCUGUUACAAGCGAUUUCCAGCAAUCGGUGGCGGAAUGGAUCGCCUUUCCAUUGAACGGAGAGAAAACGCUUCGGGAGGACUUCUGCCCUGAAUGA